AUGAUCAAGUGGGAUUUAUUCAAGAGAAGCAUGGCUGAAACAAAGAAGCAUGGAACAGCUCGCUUUGAGGGACACAGGAUAGCAAAGGCCCACAGAGCUGCCACCACCCUUCGGGCCAUCUUUGCCAACAUCGUGCUCCAGUUCCUGCUGGGAUUUACUUUUAGCAACCUGGUUGGAAUGUAUCUGACUCAGAAUUAUGACACACCAAACCUGGCUAAAAAAGUUGAAGGAAUCAAAAAGAAUGUGGAUGCCAAGAAGAAACCCACUAGUUCAUGA